GGAGGAAGCAGCUCUAGAAAAGCGGCUGUGAGAAGCACAGCAACCAGCUGUUUAUGCAAAUAAAUGGGCGUGUCGGAAAAGUGGACGGGGAGAGAAGAAGCGUCGAUAUGCAGAUGAGAGGGGCGUGGGGAGCGGAGGGUGACUCGGAUCCCCGGAAGAGCGAGAAACCCCGUAUAAAAAACUACUGAGGACAUUCCCAGGCAGAACUCGUGAAAGCUCCAGAGACAGCCUUGCCGUGCGGGGCAAGGGGGAGCCGACGGCAGAACGGCGCAUGCCUGCAUGAACCCAUCUGAGCAAGCGUUGCCCGCUACGCCAGGCGGUUCCUCCGGCUGUGCGUAGCUGUACAGUCUGCCUGCACCCCUUGGCUCCACAGGCUUCCCUGCUGUCCGUCAGAAAGGCAGUUCGAUCGCGCCCGCGGUGCAGAAGUGGAGCAAGACGAAAGCUUGAAAAGACAACGGCUCUUUUUCUUACUUGAUCUGUUGAAACUUGCAAAAGGCGCUGGGCCAUGGCAGAUGAGGAAAAUAGUCGCGACGGCGACAGCGGCGGCAGCCCUACUGAAGCCGUUCCCGAGCCGUGCCUGGGUUGCUGCGAGAGCAGCCGCUGCAACGUGCUCAGCUGGGAACAAGUGCAGCGCCUGGACCGCAUCCUGAGCGAGACCAUCCCGAUCCACGGCCGGGGCAACUUCCCCACGCUGCAGAUGCAGCCGCGACAGAUCGUCAAGGUAGUGAGGAGCCGCCUGGAGGAGCGGCGCAUCGGCGUGCGCGAUGUGCGCCUCAACGGCUCGGCGGCCAGCCACGUCUUGCACCAAGACAGCGGCCUGGGCUACAAGGACUUGGACCUCAUCUUCUGCGCUGACCUGAAAGGCGAAGCCGAGUUCCAGACGGUCAAAGACGUCGUCUUGGACUGCCUUUUGGAUUUCUUACCGGAAGGAGUUAACAAAGAGAAGAUCACCCCGCUGACCCUGAAGGAAGCCUAUGUGCAGAAAAUGGUGAAAGUGUGCAAUGAUUCGAACCGAUGGAGUCUCAUCUCCUUGUCCAACAACAGUGGCAAAAAUGUGGAGCUGAAAUUUGUGGACUCUCUGAGGAGGCAAUUUGAGUUCAGCGUAGAUUCCUUUCAGAUCAAGCUAGACUCUCUCCUCCUUUUUUACGAAUGUUCGGAGAACCCAAUGACGGAGACUUUUCACCCAACUAUCAUUGGGGAGAGCGUCUAUGGGGAUUUCCAAGAAGCCUUUGAUCACCUUUGCAACAAGAUAAUUGCUACCCGAAACCCAGAAGAGAUCAGGGGAGGUGGUCUCCUUAAGUACUGCAAUCUCCUCGUAAGGGGCUUCAGGGCUGCCUCUGAAUCUGAGAUUAAGUCCCUCCAGAGGUAUAUGUGCUCAAGGUUUUUCAUUGACUUCUCAGACAUUGGGGAACAGCAGCGGAAGUUGGAGUCGUACUUGCAGAACCACUUUGUGGGACUGGAGGACCGCAAGUAUGACUAUCUCAUGACCCUUCACGGUGUGGUGAACGAGAGCACAGUGUGCCUGAUGGGACAUGAGAGGAGACAGACUUUAAAUCUUAUCACCAUGCUGGCCAUCCGUGUACUAGCUGAGCAAAACAUCAUCCCCAAUGUGGCUAAUGUCACCUGCUACUACCAGCCAGCCCCGUAUGUAGCAGAUGCUAACUUUAGCAAUUAUUACAUUGCCCAGGUUCAGCCCAUGUUCCCAUGUCAGCAACAUACGUACUCUACUUGGUUGCCCUGUAACUAGCCAUUUUAAUAGACUUGGUGGGGAAUGUGUUUUCUAUCAAGCAAAUAAAGGGAAGGUAGGGCUCCCCCUUUUUUAAAAAUACAGUGGGGUGUUUUUUGUGCAGUGGUGGUCUGCUCCAGUCUUGAAGCUUGAGGAAAGCUGUUGGUUCUUCUGUCUGAUGUAAUGGAGCAUGAUUUAGAAAAGAACUUUAAAAAUAAUUGGAUUCUACCCCAAAGCCCAGAGGCCUGUCAUGAAAAGCAAACAGGUUCCCUUGAAAUAAACCUGGGAGGAAUGCUUGAUGACAAUAUAGGUUGGCAAUACCUGCUCCCAUAGCUAUGGCAUAGUGAAAGUUGGGAAACCUUUAUUUUUUUUAAAAAAAUGGGAUCUUCAAAAAAAAGGGGGGAAUACAAGUGGGGGCAGGGAGAAAGCUAAAUAGGUAUUUAGGAAUUUAAAGUUAAAGUCAUAACACAGGGAUAUGCUGGAAGAAGAUCUAUUUUGGAAUUACUGCCUUUGGGGCAUGUAGUGGAAUGAACCCAUAGAAUGUAUAGCUUGCUUGAAUAGCAAGCUUUAAGAGAAACAGCUUUCUCCAAAAAUUAUAAUAAUUAGAAAAACAACAGUAGAGGGGUACUGUUGUUAUUGUUGUUGUUGUUAUUAUUAUAAUUAUUAUUAUUUUAAAGAGGAAGAAGUGGUGGGGAGAAGGACUGUGGCAAAAGUCAUUAUUUCCAGCUGUGUGCACGCAUCACAUUUUUAAAAAAUAUGGGAAAGCAAGAAAACCAGCUGUAGCAAGCAUCUUAUGCUUCGGGACCAAAGAUUUCACAGAUAAGUUAUCCAAGCAAAGAAGAAAAUGUACUAGACUAUUAUAAGAUAGACAUUACUAUAUUUGUACACGCUAAUGUUAAACAAAAGUGCCUGAUGCUUUCAGAAAAUUUGAAGUGAGAAGAAUAUAGUUUUGUGGUUUAACCUUGCAUUUUGUUUUUUAUCAGGGACACAAGAAACAAAAAAUAAGCUUGUGAAUAAAUGGUGGAGGAAAUGCCUAUAUUUUUUCCUGGCAAAUACCUAUAUAAAUUUUAUAUUGUUGGUGUGAUGUUAUCAUAGGUUCAUGUGUGUAUAUUGGGGUGUGUAUGUGUGUGUACUGACGCGUUAAAAACACAUGCAUACACAGACAUAUUUUCAAUAAGGUCUGGGAUAAUGUAGCAAUUUUAAGGAAUGUUUUAAAUAAAAUACAGCGUGUUUUCCAGUCUGCACUAGACCACCAAAUUGCACUAAACAAACCACUCAUAAAUAAGGUGGGAUUCAAAUGAUGUAUUUGUUUGCAAGAACAUAACAGAAAACUCCAUUGGGUUACAUGUGAGCCAUGUCAGGAGAAACAUUUAACCUGCUGAUCCUUUCUUCCUCUACUUUGUACUGUGAUAUGGUUUUGACGCUUAACUCCCCAGUUCAUUGACUGCAGGCCUAUACGAUGUGUAAACACCCAUUGGAAUUUGGCUCAAAUGGAUAAGUGCCCAUGAUAGCUAUGGAGUGUUGCCUUAGGUGGUGAUUUGGAAACUAAUUAAUAUUGAAAAAGAGCAAUGCACUGUGCCUUCCAGGACCACUAAAAGUUAGUAAAUGUGAAAUGAACCAUUAUGAAAACUGUUACACGGAUGUUUGAAAUCUAUAUUUUAUAUUUACACACAUAUAUUUUUAUGCAACUAUUAAACAUCUUUCAUCUGGUUGUCACACUGCAUUUUCCAGCUUAGUACUAUCUUAUUUGAAAUGACUAAUCUUUGCAUUGGGACAAAUAACUAUCAUUUAAUUUCCUUUCAUUCAAGUGAUGAGCGGAGAGUUAGAAAUCAUCUUUCUGGGAGAUUUCCUUCCCCUUUGUGGUGAUGAUUAUGCAAAUGAGUUUAACUGUUUCUCCCCCUCCCCUCCCCCACUUUUUCUUAAUCCCAAUUUCCGCCACUGGUCUUUUAAAAGCAAACAAAAAUCUAACUGAAUAUCUUGGUCACAAUCAAGCUCAGAGUGAAGAGCUCUUGAGUCCAGGCACAUACAAUGUUUGGGUUUCGCUGUUCUAAGUCCAAACCUGUGCUGGAUUGUGACCUACAGUUUGUUUUCUUAAUGCUAAGAAAGGAAGUAAAGGUUAUGGUUUGGAAGAGGAAACUGAACCGUGCCACCCACCAGUGAGGAAUCAAUCAAAGGAGAGAAGUACAUGUGGCACAGCACAGUGUUCAAGCAACAUAAAAUAUUUAAAAUGGAGGGAUUAGUAAGCUGCUAAGUGCUAAUCAGGCAAUUUAGGAUCCCUUUGUCCUCGUUAAGCAACUGCCAAUGCAUUUGCCCUUUCCCCCCUUUAAAAUUAUAAAAUCCUUCUGUUUACUCCAAGUCCUGGCAAGAAAUGUAAACUUAAUUUCCAUGUUCUGUCUUGAAAGUCCCAGUCAUCGCUUUUGCCUGCCUGUUAGUUACAUAUUGUUUCUUUUUAAAGACAAAACUAUAUAUAUGGUCAGAUCAGUUAUGAAAAUGCAAUGAUUAUUUCCAUUGGCUCAUUACUAUCCAGGAGGGAGAUGUGUUUUGUCAAAACCAGAGUCUAGCCUUUCCUGCUCAGAGGGAUUUCUGAUGGAAGCUGAGCAGAAGACUGGAGAAAUAGGAUCAGCUGGUAAUGUGGUAUUGCCUUUCCUACCACAGCUAUUUUGCUGCAAAUGAAUGAGUCAUCUGCUGUUGAAAAGGGUUUGGGGAUAUUUGGCAGUGCCUCAGCCACAAAUUGCUGAUAAUACAUAUAUGUAUUUUUUUCCUUUGGAGCAGCCUUUUCCAUCUUUUAUUAAGAAAAACCAAGCACUGUUGUUGUCAGUCUGGGAUGACAGGUCGCUCGCCCUCCCCCACCCCUUGUAGUUCAAGUAACAGUUGCAUUUCAGGUCAUCACCAUAUGGUUAUCUCUCUUACAACUUUAAGGGUCCCGCAAGUUGCCCAAGUUGCAAAAUUCAUGGGGUGUUGUUGUAACUGGUUGGCGGUGGUGGUUAUUUUGAAAUUGUCUGGUGAUAGUGAUGAGAAGAAGCUAUGACUCCAGAGUCCAGGUCAAACCUAAAAAAAGUAUCUUUCAAAAAAAGAGGGGUUCUGCAGACCCAGCUCUUCGUAAGAGACCAACCACAAUAUAAUCCCCCUUCCCUCUCUAAUUUUAAUCAACUCGUACAUUUACAGGAAGGAAAUGCUUGUUAUUUUUUAGCUUCCUUUCCUAUUCAUUCAGCAGAAUUUAAGCUUAAAAUGUGUUUUUAAGAAACAAAACUUGUUUUGCAAUGCUAACCUACUAUAGGGUGUCUCAGUUAUCUACAGUCUAAUGGUUUGUGUUAGUCUUGGAUUAAUUGUGAAUGAAGGAGGAACAGAAUUUGUUCUAAUAUAAUGUGGGGGGAGGUGAGGAAGAGAAAGACACAUCAGAUUCUUUCAAAGUUCAGUAGAAUCCACAAUCAACAGUUUUUAUUCUGAAAACUCUCUUGUCCAUACCUGUUAUGUGGACUCCAGGUGAUUGCUUGUAUUGUUACACUUAUGUAAAUAUCACUUUCAUUUAUCUAAAUAUGUCAUUGUCAGUCCUGGGUCCUUUCAGUUCAGAUAAAUGGAAUUAUACUGUGUAUGUGUAAUCUGCAUUAUGCAGAAACAAAAGAAGAUUUUUUUGGGUGGGAAGCAAAACAAAAACUAAGAGGCAAAGAAAAAUGGAAGCAGGAUUUAUGUUUUUCAUAACUGUUUAAAUGCUUUAAAAUGUGUUUGCUGCUAUGUAUUGCACAAAGUUUCAUGCAUAGCUUAUAAAUGCUUGUUGUAAAAUGCUUGAUAUUAUAUUGAAGGCUCUUAUCAAUUCAGAGAAAGCUUUAAUAGUUAAUAGAAAGAAAAAUGUGUAAAAGAAAAUGAAAAGAGAGGGAGAGAAAUAUCUAUCUAUGUCAUAUUCAGCACUUUUGUCUUUUUCCUGUUUUGUUUUGUUUUGAAGGGGUGUGUGGCUUUCUCAUUUCCAGUGCAACAGAGAAAAUCCCAAAUCCAUAUACAGGUUUUGCUGUUUCCUUUGUUAGCAAGCUGCUACUGCAACUAGUUAAACACCACAGGACUGGCUGAAUGUGGUAUCACAAACUCUUGUGGUCUGUAGUAAGCGAUGCUGAAUUUGUUCUCCUUUGGAAUUCUGCACAACUGUAAUCUUUAGCAAGACAUCCUGUUGCAUCAAACUGCUUCCCUUGGACUGUUCCUUUCAGAACGUUUUAACUCUGGGUUCUGUUGCAGGCUGAAACAAAGAGCAUAUGGAAAACAGACACUUUUAACCAACAAAAGUGUUUGCUUCAGCGCUACAGGGAAGAGAUUGUGAAUUUUGUUUACAGCAUCCAAUAUUUGGAUUUUUUUGGUAAAUAAAAUGUUAUUUUUUCUA